AGAGAGGAGGAGGAGGGAUGAGGGGGAAGCUAGGCUAACGGUGUAGCUCCGUGUAUCUGUGAACACUUUCCACAGUUCGCCUCAGCGGGCGGGUUUAAAGCACCGGGAGUGAUACAAACACCGGGGAAAGUCACGGAGAGAAGACGGGGGAGAAGUUUCUAGUCAAGUUUGAGUGUUUAGUGAGGCGGCUCGUGCACUAGAUCAGAGUCUCGGAGCUGGUGACGACGAAGCUAAGCUAGCUAACUGAGGGGAGGGGGGAAAGGGGGAGGAGGAGAAAAAAGUACCUUAGUGUUCAGUUUUAGGAUUAAUAAUCUACCGCUGGUUGUCUGAGGAAUUAAGAAGAAGUUUAAGAAGAAGGGAUUUUAUUCCUCCUCACUCUGAGAGGAAUGGCUGACGGUGCUCCGGUGUCUCCUUGUCUCCUCGGGCCUGUGCGGGUGAGGCUGUGAGCCGGGCGGAGCGUUCCCACUGGAGCGGAAUGGUUUAGCAGGGUGGCACCUGCCGCGCACGUCAAUAAGAGGAGGAGGAAGAGGAAGAAGAUGGGGGUCAAUGCCUCCAGCUAUCCUCACUCGUGUUCCCCUCGAUUCGGGGGACACUCACCAACCCAGCAGACCUUCAUAGGCACAUCCUAUGCACCCCAGGCUUAUGGAGUGGAGUCGAAGCUCUACAGCCUGGAGCAUUGCCCCGAGAAACCUCAGGACAAGAAGAAGAAGAGCUCCAGCCUGGCUACGCUAAAAAGACGCUUCAUUAAGCGGCGUAAAGCGAGCCGCUCGGCCGACCACGCGCGCCACAUGAGGGAUCUGCUUUCAGGCUGGGACGUCCGUGACGUCGCCGCCCUGGUGGAGGAGUACGAGGGCACUGCGGCACUGAAGGAUCUCAACGUGCAGGCGUGUCUGGCCCGCCCCGAGGCUCGUACCCUGCCCCAGGACCUGGCCUCCCUUUACCAGCACAAAUACUGCACAGACGUGGAGCUCAUCUUCCAGGACACGCGCUUCCCUGCUCACCGAGCCAUCCUCGCUGCGCGCUGCCCCUUCUUCAGGACUCUGCUGUCCUCGUCGCCCGGGUUCAGCACCCAGCUGCUCCUGGAUGUGGGCACGGCGGGGAUGGACGCCUCCAUGUUCUCGGCGCUGCUGCGUUACCUGUACACUGGCGAGCUGGGUGCAGAAGACGCCCGCCUGCACAACGUGGACGUCCUCCUGAGGCUCAGCGAGGAGUUCGGCGCGCCCAGCUCACUGGAGACGGACAUGCGCGAGCUGUACCAGAGGAUGUGCUACUACGACUCGGUGCUCUGCUUCUCCGCCGACGCCGAGCCGGACGAGCCUUUCGGAGCGGACAUGAGCGGAGAGGAGGAGGAACUGAAGGCCCACAAGGCCGUGCUCUCGGCGCGCUCGCCGUUCUUCCGGAAUCUGCUGCAGCGCCGUGUGCGCACGCCCGAGGAGGAGACUGCGCCCGCGCGCAUCGUCCUGAACGAGUCGAUCAUCCCGCGGAAGUAUGCCGGCGUGGUGCUGCACUGCAUGUACACGGACACGGUGGAGCUGGAGCGCGUGGUGCGGAGCAGCCCCUCAGCCGGUAGUCUGGGGGAAGCGCAGGCUUUAGCCGCCGGCAAGGGGAGCAUGAGCAGAGCCGAAGAGGCCAUGGAGCUGUACCACAUCGCAUUGUUCCUCGAGUUCAGCAUGCUCGCUCAGGGCUGUGAGGACAUCGUGGCUGAGAGCAUCUCUCUGGACUCGGUGGUUCCCAUCCUAAAGUGGAGCUCACAGCCGUACGGCUCUAAGUGGGUGCAUCGGCAGGCGCUACAUUUUCUGUGUGAGGAGUUUAGUCACGUGACGACCUCGGAUGUCCUCUACGAGCUGAACAAGGAGUACCUGCUGAGCGCCAUCCAGUCCGAUUACCUGCAGGCUAGUGAGCAGGACAUCCUGAAGUACGUGGUGAAGUGGGGAGAACAUCAGCUCAUUAGGAGGAUGGCUGAUCGAGAGCCCAACCUGCUAAGCGGCACGGCCCACAGUGUGAAUAAGCGCGGCGUGAAGAGGCGUGAUCUGGACGUGGAGGAGCUGAAGGAGAUUCUGUCGCCUCUCCUACCAUGUGUGCGCACCGAACACGUUCUGCCCACCAACAGCGAGGUCCUCUCAGACACGCUGAAGCGAGGUCUGAUCAGCACACCUCCGUCAGACAUGAUCCCCACGGUGGAGGGAGGAAAAGCCAACGCCUGGCUCAGACAGAAAAGCGCCGGCAUCUACGUCCGGCCCCGCCUCUUCACACCAUACGUGGACGAAGCCAAGGCCGUCCUGGAUGAGAUGAUGGUGGAGCAGACCGACCUGGUAAGGCUGCGUAUGGUGCGCAUGUCCAACGUCCCCGACACCCUGUACAUGGUCAAUAACGCCGUACCCCAGUGCUGUCACAUGAUCAACCACCAGCAAAUGGCUGGCAGCCAAACAGCCCCGCCCUCAGUGGUGGCCAAUGAGAUACCAGUUCCCAGGCUGGCAGUGGUGAGGGAGAUGAUCCGGCGGCUGCACGAGCUGCGGCACACAGAGCAGGUCCAGCGGGCGUAUGCCCUGAACUGCGGCGAGGGCGCGACGGUCAGUUACGAGCUGCAGAUCCGAGUCCUCAGGGAGUUCAGUUUGCCAGACGGCGCCGCAGAACUUCUUCAGAACCCGCACAAGUUCUUCCCUGAUGAGCGCUUCGGGGAUGAGAGCCCGGUUCUGGCCCUGCGCCCGUCCGCUCGCUGUCGGGUCAACAGCACCCCGGCCGUGGAGAGCAUGUUCUCGGACCUGCAGGCCGUGAUGGGGCUCCAUCCUCCCCUACCCCCACCGCCCCCGCCGUACCACCCCCCGAACACGCAGCAGAUUCGGAGUGGGUGGCGGCCCCGUGUGCCCACCCAGCAGCCCUCGCGCUCCUUCUCCUACCCCUGUAAUCACUCGCUGAUCCACACGCAAGCCUCCUCCAAGAUGGGCAGCCCCAUUUACCCCGGCACGGGGGGCAAACCCGUGCCUCCAGACUGCACCAACCCACAGGGCCGGAUUCUCAACCCCAACAAAAAAGGGAACAUGGAGCCGGUCAUUAACGAGUUCAUGCCGGACAUCGCCAUGGGUGUAUCAGCCAUGAGUCUCAAGGACCGCCGCCUUCCUGAGGUCACCAUGGAGGUCGAAGGUCACGACCCCCGUCCCUUGAUCUCCACGGUCCCGCCCGUGUCUCAGUGCUUCUCCGGCCGCCACCCGCACUCCUCGUCGCGCAAGCGGCACGCAGCCGAGCCCAAACCCGACGCGCCGCAGCACACGCACUUCCCCGACCUCUACGAACUCUACACACACGGCCGCGCCGAUGCCUCGCACAGGCUCCACCUCUCCCUCGGGGCCCAGGCCAACCAAAGAGCGCCCCCUAAAGGAGAGACGGACCUCACGUGCGGCCUCAGCCCCGACACGGAACCCUACGACGAGUGGAACCCGACCCGAAGGGCCCCCGGUGCCACUGCCGCCGGGACGGCUGAAGAGGGAGGGGGAGGGGGAGGGGGAGGAGGGAUCGUGGGUCGAGAGCGCAGGUCGCCUAACAAACACGAGUACCUGUACAGGAAGUCCGCACUAUGACCCCCGAGGGAGAGAAGGAGAGAGACACUCGAGUAGGCUUUAAGGCACAAAAAUCACGGGGGAGGGGACGUGAUGAAUAAAUGGUUUAUUUUAAAAUAUUUCCACGCCCCUCAACCCCCCACCCACCUGGCGAAGGGCGCUAACAGCUAAAGGUCACGUGACAAUCAACCUCGCGUCACGAUGCAGAACCGUCACUGUGCUUUUCUCCAUCACAUUUUCCUCUGCCUUUGAGUUGAUCACACUAGCAGAGCGACAGACAGAGAGAGAGAGACUUAGAGAGAGAGAAGUGAGUAUUAUAUAUAUUUAUACAGAUGUAUUAUGCAUUUAUCUUUGCUUAGGAAUGAAAACGUCCAGGCAAUAAUCCAAACAUGACACACGUUAAUGACUCACACGUACCAGCGCUGCGUUCAUGACUAAGUGGGAACUAGGAAACAAACAAAAAAAAACAACAGUCAUUACCAGCUGCUUAGACUUAUUUAGUUUUUUUAUUUAUAAUUAUUAAAUUUUUUAAAUAUCCUUCACCUUCAUGCGUUUUGUAUAAGAGCGCUGCCUUUUAACAUCGCUGCUACGAGAUACGACUCAAAAAUAUGCAAAACGACUCCAGACGAGUCCGACAUAUGACACGCACCUGGAGCCUGGGACGACUGACAGUUGUGCUCUCUGGAAGCUCCGCCUCCUUUCCCUCAUCUCGCACAAGUAGCUCAAUCUCUCGCCUCCCCCCGAUUUAUUUAAAUUUUUUUCUACAGUAUUUUAUUAACGUAAACAUACAGCUAUCGUGUGUUUGUGUGUGUGUGUGUGUGUGUUCGUGUUUAACUUGUUUUAAGGAAUUACGAGAAAGGGGGAAAAAAGUACGGUGUGGCAAUAAAUGUGACAAAAAUUGCUCGAGACGUUUCCACGAUACAGGACGUUCGGGAGUAUAAACGUUUUAAGGAUAGUUUUAUUAAAGAUGUAUGAAAAAAGGAGUUUAAGGAUAGUUUUAUCAAAGAUGUAUGAAAAUAAACUACAUUUCUAUCAGAUCUGCUUGUGAAGUUUGUAACUGCAACUUUUUAAAAGUGUUUCUUAAGUAACAGUAAAACGUGAUCCCAUCAGAGCGAUGUUGACGCUCUGUGGUAUCACGAUAUCAAACAAAAACAGAUUUAAUGCUUCAAAAAUAUAUAAUAAUUAUUAUAAUAAUACUAAAAAGUCUUAGUUAGAUUUUUUUUUCUGAGCUCUGAAACAGUUUCGCGACUCUCUGCUCAAGGUUGAGGUAAACUGCGUCCCACUGUGUGCGCAUGCUUUGUAUGUUAAAUUUCUGAUUAAGGGCGUGUCGAGUAUAAAAAAUAAAAUCCCAGUUGUCAUGAACGCAGACCUUACAUUCGUAUCUCAUUCUCUAAUACAGCCGUAUGUUAUCAUCAGCAGCAGCAGCAGUAUCAGAAUCAGCCUCGGCCGUGAUCUCGUCUCUGCAGCAUAAGUUAGGAAGUGUAGUAUUUUAUUUUUUCUUUUUUUAUAAAGAUCCCGAGUCUAGCAGCCUUUACCUCACACUCUGCGAGAUCUCGACGUUAACAUCGCUCAUUAGCCUGAACGUCUCCUCAGAUUCCUCUCUCUUCCUAUUGUUUUGUGAGGAAAAAAUAAUCUCUCUGAUGCAGUCUCUGAUGCGCGAUAUAUGCAGCUUUAUACUGUUUAUGCCAUGUUUCAUGGUACUGUAACGUCUCCUGUGCAAGCCGGGAUCAGGGAGCGGUCUUGUCUCUCUCUCACAUCCCUCGUCUAGCCCAGUCACGUGCUGAACGCAGAGUCAGAGUCUGUGUUUUAUGAUGAUGCUUGGAUGCUGCAAUUCCACCUCUGUGGUGUUUUUUUUCCUUCUGUCCUUGUGUAUGUGUUGUAGAACUUGUAUUUUAAACCUCCUGAAUCGUGUCUUCUCAAAUGCAUCACUGUUGCAUCAAUGCAUCAAUAAGCUUCAUUAAUCUAACAUUACACUAGAGAGCGACAAAAGCCACAACCUUUAUUUUUCUACAUGCGUGCCUGAUGAUGAGUCGUCAUUUCAGAGAACAGACAUUUAAAUGACAUCUUUCUAUGCAAACCAGCUUGGAUGCUGUCAGUCCACGCGAUUGUUUUAAACGAUUCCAUGUGACCUGGCAUUUAUACAGUUCUUUGCUCGUAGCUUAAUUCUUACAUCUGAGUAAUAACUGCUUAAAUGGUCCAGAACAUCUCCAGAGCAGGUUGCAGCGGUACCUCAGCAUACGAAUUUCAAGUUCUUAAGGCAAAAUGAAACACAAACAACUUUGAUUCACUUACGAAUGAGUCGAUUCAGAGCGUGAAUCCGUUGUCUCAGUUAAACAUCUCAGUAAAACAAACCCAGCGCACAGCACAUAAACUGAUUCAGUUACCAUAGAGUAAGUAGAUUCAAAGUCGAUUCGUGUCAUUUGCCUCAGUUUAACAUUUUAGCACAGAAAAAAUAUCACAACCCAAUACUGAUUCACUUACUACAGGUAAGUUGACUCAGAGUCGAUUCUUGUUGUUUGUCUGAGAUUAACCUCAUAACACAAAAAUGUUGCAACCCAAUACUGAUUCAUCUACUACAAUUGAGUCGAUUCAGAGUCAGUUCAUGUCAUUUGUUCCAGUUUACCACAUUACAAUAUCACACCCAAAACUGAUUCAAAUACAUACUGAGUCGAUCAAUCCAUCUCCGUUAACACUUUAGGACAGAAAUGUCACAACCCAAUAGUCAUUCACCUCACUGUGGGUGAGUCGAUUCAGAGUUGAUUCAUGUGACUUGCUUUAGUUUAACAUCUUAGCAAAUAAAAAUAUCACAACCCAAAAUUGAUUCACUUACCACAUGGUCAGUCAUUUUAGAGUCGAUUCAUGUCAAUUGUUUCAAUUUAAAAUUAUGCCAAACAAAAAUAUCAACCCCAAACUGAUUCACUUACUACGAGGGAUUCGAUUCAGAGUCGACUUCCAAGCUCGUGUUCUUCCAAGCUGAGGAUUUACUGUAAGAUCGUAAACUUGGCACAGGCACUAGAGUUCCAGUUGUCGUCUUUUUAUUUCUGCAUUUCGGAAUCAAUUUCAGUCCACAUUUCACUAAAAACUUAUCACAUUACGCAGUGUAUGCGUGUGAGAAAAAUGUCACCGUACUCUCACACACACCGGGAAAACGUGCUGCUAUAAACUCUACACUAUAGAUAGAUAUCCUGCACUACAUUUCAGAUUAGCUGUGUGUAUGUGUGUGUGUGUGUGUGUGUGUGUGUGUGUGUGUGUGUGUUUGACGUGUACUCGUCCUGUUCCUGUGUUUCCUCACAGCUGGGCUAGAUGAUGAUCAGUGGGAGGUUAAAACCUCACACACACACUCACUCCUGAUCCACACUUGUCCUGCUUUAGCUUUUUCUCUCUGAUAGAGAUGAUAUCCGAGUGCCUUCACACCCGACGCCGGGCGUGUCCUCUUCCUCCUCCUCCUUCUCAAAACCCCCCUUGUCUUAUGCAAGCCAUUUUUACAAGCCUGUCUUUCUCCCUGUACGACCGCAGCUCAGGCUCUCGGCUACAAGGAGACUCAUUUCCUUUUGCUUCUCUUUAUUUCUUUAUUUUAUUUUUUUCUUCUCGUUUUGCUUUUUUUUCUUUAUUCAAAGAGUAUUUUUCAAGAUUUUUGGUACCUUUGAAGAGACGCCUUGUUCUGACGUGUGUAAAGUGUAAAGAUUUAUAUAUAAAUAUCUAUAGAAGACAUGAUCCGGUGUAUAUACCAGGAGCAAAGCUUUUUUUUUUUUGUUGUUGUUUGUUUCCUUUUACAUUCUUGUACGGACUUCUUGUGAGAAGUGUCUAUUUUUCUACUCCUGUCCGCGCCGGGGUGUAACCAAGAUGAUCUAUCUGCAAUUAGACGGAAAUAAACGGCUUUGACACAAA